AUGCAAACCACCCUUGUAAUAACCACAUCAUUUAUCCUUAUCUUUGUCAUGCUAGCAUACCCCCUUAUGACCACAAUUAAUCCCACCCCUGUGAAAGGCCAAUGAGCAACCACCCACGUAAAGACCGCGGUUAGCACUGCAUUUGCUGUGAGUUUAUUACCCCUAUUUAUCUUUCUUGACCAGGGACUGGAGGCGGUAGUAACAAACUGGCACUGGAUAAACACUUCGACGUUUUCCAUUAGUGUUAGCCUCAAACUUGACUUCUAUUCUAUUAUCUUCACACCAAUUGCUCUCUUCGUCACAUGGUCGAUUUUAGAAUUCGCUGCUUGAUACAUGCACGAAGACCCUAAUAUAAACCGCUUCUUUAAAUACCUGCUUACCUUCCUCAUCGCCAUGAUUAUUUUAGUUACAGCCAACAACAUGUUUCAACUUUUUAUUGGCUGAGAAGGCGUGGGAAUCAUAUCCUUUCUUCUUAUCGGCUGAUGGUACGGACGGGCAGAUGCCAACACCGCUGCACUCCAAGCUGUUAUUUAUAACCGAGUAGGGGACAUUGGGUUUAUUUUAACUAUGGCGUGAUUUGCCACCAAACUCAACUCAUGAGAAAUUCAACAAAUUUUUUCUCUCUCUAAAGACUUUAACACGACGCUACCUGCACUGGGACUGGUCAUUGCUGCCACAGGGAAAUCCGCACAAUUUGGGCUGCAUCCCUGACUUCCCUCUGCAAUGGAAGGCCCUACCCCAGUCUCUGCCCUACUACACUCGAGCACUAUGGUGGUUGCAGGCAUCUUCUUACUGAUCCGCCUACACCCAUUCAUAGCAUCGAACGAAACUAUCAUAACCAUCUGCCUUUGCCUCGGUGCACUAACAACACUAUUUACCGCUACAUGCGCUUUAACCCAGAAUGAUAUCAAGAAAAUCGUAGCUUUUUCCACCUCUAGUCAGCUGGGUCUAAUAAUAGUAACGAUUGGGCUCAACCAACCACAACUUGCCUUCCUCCACAUUUGCACUCACGCAUUCUUUAAAGCCAUGCUCUUCCUCUGCUCCGGGUCCAUUAUUCACAGCCUAAAUGAUGAGCAGGACAUUCGUAAAAUGGGAGGACUUCACCACCUGGCACCCUUUACUUCCACCUGUACAACAAUCGGAAGCUUGGCCCUUACGGGGACCCCAUUUUUGGCCGGAUUCUUCUCCAAAGACGCAAUCAUCGAAGCCCUAAACACCUCACACCUAAACGCCUGAGCCCUUAUCUUAACCCUAGUGGCAACUUCUUUCACAGCUGCUUAUAGCCUCCGAGUGAUCUUCUUUGUUUCCAUGGGAACCCCUCGAUUCCUGCCGCUAUCACCCAUUAACGAGAAUGACCCUCAAGUAAUUAACCCAAUCAAGCGAUUGGCUUGAGGAAGCAUUGUUGCGGGCCUAAUUCUUACCUCUAAUAUUCUCCCCUUAAAUACUCCUAUCAUAACCAUGCCUCCUGUGCUUAAGCUAGCUGCCCUUCUUGUCACGAUCAUUGGACUUCUCACCGCGUUGGAACUAGCAAACCUCACAUCAAAGCAAGUGAAGAUUACUCCGACUAUCAAAGUACACAACUUCUCGAAUGCAUUAGGGUACUUCCCUACUACAGUUCACCGCCUGGUUCCUAAAGUCACUCUUAUUAUAGGACAAACGAUGGCUAACCAAAUGGCUGAUCAGACAUGGCUGGAGGCCUCCGGCCCUAAAGGCUUAUCAUCUGUGCAACUAAAAAUAUCUUCUAUCACCAGCGACAUGCAACAGGGGAUGAUCAAAACCUACCUCACUACUUUCCUCAUCACCCUAGCGCUGGCAACACUAAUAGUCCUAAUCUAA